AUGACAAUCUACGAGUUUGACACAUCGACGCUGGAGACCGUCGGAACUCCUUUUGAAGGCCAUACAUCAACGUUAGCUAUCACUAGCCUAGCACUUUCAUUUCAUGGUGCUCUCCUGCUCAGUGCUGCUGACAUAGAUGACACCAUCAAGCUCUGUGCUUUUGAGUCCCGCCAGCUCCUCGCCUCCUUCGACGUUCAGAGUCCCAUCACCCUUGCCCUCUCAUCCGACUCGCGCCAAUUCGCUUACGCGGUAUAUACCGAUGAAGAUGAUGACAACAUUAUUUAUAUAUGCAACACUCCACCAGACAUCCUUGCUCAGACCAGUGCACGCAAAAAAUCAGCCCGCAGGGAUCUGCUAAAUUCUGAUGCAGCUCCUCGUCUUCCUGCCGGGCGACGCAGAUCACCAACAUCUGUCAUAUCCAUGGUGCCAAGACCUCCACCUACCAUAAACCCGCAGCAAUCGGUAUUCCUUCGCCUCAGCAAGCUUUUUCGCUUCUCUCCUCGCACAAGUGCAGUAUACCCUAGUCAAAAUAGUCAUCUCCGUGAUCCCUUAGAUGUCCCUGCUACUUUGCCCUUACCAUCCCAUCUCUCUGGGCAGGCCUCAACUCCGUUUGAUCAUGCCAGUCUUGAUUUGAUUAAACUCACAAUGUACGACUGA